CCGUGGUCUACCUCAGACUUGUGUCUCACGAUUGUCUGCAAACUGCAAGAAGAGAUCUGUCCCAGCAUACCUGACUGGAAACAACACGUGGAUUUUAUUGGAUUGUAUCAUUUCUGAUAUACAUUAUUCUUUGGAGUACAUGCGGAAUGAAAAUCCUUGGAGAGACUGAACACAUCAAAAUGGACAGAAAGCUGUUAAAGCCACAGGUAGAAAGACGAAGGAGAGAGAGAAUGAAUCGGAGUCUGGAGAACCUGAGAGCUUUGCUUCUGCAAGGACCUGAGCACACUAACCCCAAUCAAAGAAGGCUAGAGAAAGCAGAGAUCCUGGAAUACACCGUCCUCUUUUUGCAGAACUCAGUUGCUAAGAAAGCGAAGGAUGAAGAAGAAAAAGAAAAGUGUAAGUUUAUGGACGGCUUCUCUACGUGUCUUGAAAAAGCUGCUGGUUUUCUGUCCGAUGAAGGUGAGGCUCGUGGGCUCCAGGGUUCGGUCACAGCCACACUGUGCCAACGGCUGACGCAGCCCUGUGUGCCGGCCCACGUCAGACUGCCUGUCAAACUCCAGAGCUCCUCCAGAAUGAAGGUUCCAGAGUCACAUGCACAGCAGCAUCAUCGGCGGCGGCAGACACUUGUCUCCAAACAAGGACUUUCUGCAGCUUUCAGGAACAUUGUGUUACACCACAACAGGGUUCCUCUCAGAAGCACAGAGCCCAAUAUGCUUCAGUGUCAUGAAAACACACAUUCAGCAGCCCGGCCGACAUCUCAACACCAAGCCCCUGUCAGUCAACCGGUGUGGAGACCUUGGCCUUGAAAGACUUUCAAAGAAAUAUAUAGAGAAAGGGACUCAAAAUACUGGGGCUUGUGUAAUAAUCUCAUCCCUAAUAUAGGAUGUAGAGAAACAUGUUUAUUUCCAAAAUGAGUUUAUGAUGUGACAUCAUAUUGAAAAUGUAAAAUGUGUACAUAUGUAUGAUAAGUGAUGGCAAUAUAUUUUUACACAGAUGUUUUUUUUUUUGCAUGAUCUGUAUACUGGGUGUAUGAUCUGUAAUGCAUAACAGAUGUAUUUAUCUAUUUUGCACACUAAUUUAUUCCUGUCAUUCCCUUUAUGCUGAAAUAUAUAGUUGUAUAUUGCAGGGACUGAACCAAGUACAUUCCAUCAUU